AACAAACAUCACAUCUCGACGUCCAUUACCAUCCGCCGCAAUCGCAAUCCUCCUGCUCAUCACCCUCCUCCUCGCAGCCGCAUCAAUCUCGCAUCCCUAGUCAAGGCGCAUAUACACCACCUCAGCCCCUCUCCAUGACAUUCUCACCUUUCCUCAUCACCUGACCCCUACAAAUAAACCAAAACGCGAGAGCUGUUCUAGCUUCUCCCCCCUCUCUGCGCCUCAGAGGCAGCGAGGUCGCUUGUCUUCUGCCUGUCCGGUAGCAGGUCAACUAUCUUUCGAGCAUGGCGCACCAGACAGGUGCCAACAUCCUUGCCUCUUCCUCGAUGACUGGCGAGACGCCCCUGUCUCCGCCACCUUCUUCGCCAUGGAGGAGGUCAAGGACUCCGCGACUGAAGCGAAGGAGGUGUGAUGAGACUCAUUCGGCGGAAGAAGGGACGAUUCCAUCAUCCCUGUCAUUGCCGUCAUCCUCGAGAAUGACUCAGCCAUCCGCGAGACGCACCUUUCUGGUAGCUCUUAUCCUUACCCUGUCUCUUGGUCGUACGGCCGCUGGGGUGCAGCCAUCGCAAGACACCCCCACCCCUCAACCUCCCUCAGUAGCAUCGCAGCCUCUCCUCUCUUCUGUCAAGGGUCUCCGGCUCAACACUGAGCGUGACUCGACACAUCGCCUCCACCCAGCCAAGGUUCAUGGCACCCUACAAUAUAGCAGCAUCAGCAACGACCCCGACGCUUCCACCAAGGCAACAUCAAUAGUCUCGGCUCCCCACUCUAAGAAUACCUCCGCCGCCGUCUUCACAUUUGCCAAUUCGAGACAUCAGUACAACAGCAGAAUUACCAACAGCAACGGUCGUGGUCGUGGGUCGGACGGAAGCCAGUCCUCCGCUUCACCUUCUGCCUUGUCGGAGCAGCAGCCUCCCAAUCGCCUGGCCUUUGCCUACCUGGAGGACAUGGGCUUGAAGAAUCGAUUGCCGUUCAAGUCUUCUAUGCCGCGAGCUGGCGAGUCGUGGAAUGAGGCGGGCUUGAGACCCAACAUUGAUCCCAGACUGCCGAGCAUCUAUCGCAACGACAAGGGCGAGAGUCGAGAAUCUGGGAAGAGCAAGGAUAGAGAAGAGGACGCUCUUGCCGAGGACGAGGACGUGUGGGGAUCAGAGGGGCGGGACAAGGCCCAAGAUUGGACGCAGGCCUCACAGGAAGGUCGGCAGCAGUACCAACAGCUACAAAAAGGAGGCGCUCAAGACUCAAUUGCUCGGCCCAUCACCAAGCCUAUCGGGAAAGGCCCUUACGGAUCGAUCCCGCCUUCGCAAGGAUUGAAAGGUCUGCAAGUAGAUGAGGCUGUUGUGGUGGGGACUGUACCAACAGAAGCUGAGGAUGGGGCCGAAGUCUCUGACCCGGACCUCCUCGACUCUCUGUCUGCAGUGACGGAUUCCGUCGCCUCUGGAGGGACAGCCGGAGCGAAUAGCAUCACGCCCGAAGUGCUGAGAUGGAGCAGUCUUCUGAUCAAUUCUGGGAGGAUGAUGUUGAGCUGGAUCAAGAGGGCGCAGAAGGAUGAGCAUGGCAUCGCCUUGACGAUGUUGAUGCCAAAAGUCUCGAAGCCGGUCAUUGCCCGAAGGCCUUGGAUUCCCAAUGACUCAAAACGGGACUUCGUACUCCUGACGAUCGCGACAAUAGCCGUCUGUGGCGCCCUCUGCAUCCUCUGGAACUCGCGCGUAUCGCCCGAGGAGUUUGAGCGGGCCCGACGUCACAAGGAGUAUGCCGCUGAUGCGGCCGCCAAGGACGCAGCAGACAUCAUCUACGAAGAGCACGAGGAAAACCUACCCACUGGUCUGUCCUCCUCCUCGCGGCCAGUCCCUGGGUACAGCCGAAGUCGAGCUGGAGGGUCGACUAUGAGCAGGAGACCGAGAGCGGCUGGUCCAGAGGACACACACGGUGCCCUGCAGAGCGAGGAUAGUGACGGAGAGUAUCUUCAAUUGACGCUGGACAGGAGACAUGGAGCCUCGGUUCCACCAAGAGGAAUGAGGAGAGGUAGCUUGCUCGGUCCCACCACAAGUCCAGUUAUCUCUAUCAGUAAGACGGGCAACGAGGGCCUGUUCUCCUCUUGGCUCAAACCACUCUACAGAUGGUACGGACGGCGGGACUCCAACGCAGAAGUUGUCCUCCCUCUCUCGAGCGAUCUCAGCAGGAGCUCAACGCCCAAUCCUCUCCUGCAAACCACUGCUCCCGGCUCGGACGCAACCUUGAACGCCAUGGGUGGGGGAGCCGGGCGGCGUUCACGCAGCAACAGCAUUACGAGAAAGUGGAAGCUCCAAGCGCCCAAUCUGCCACGGCAGCAGUCUUCUGUCAAUCUCCUUCCCGCAUCGAUGGACUCUCGUACCUCCUCGUCCUCUUCGCUGCAGUCCCUCGCGCAGAUCGUACCCUUCCGGUCUAUCACUCCCCAGCCCGCCACUUCGCGUCAGCGGGAGCGAGAACGGGAGAAGAGACGCAUGACCAUGCUGGAAGUGGAGCGCAGGGGCUCGGUCGCCUCUGGCACGUCUGGCCGGUCUGGGUACGAGACUUUGGACAGAAUGGAGAAUGGCAAAGGAGAUUACGUCCACGAUCCACAAGAUGACGCAAGUGGAUCGAGCAGCGCCAGUGGAAGUGUCAGUGGAGAUGAGCCGGGCAUGCUGAGGAGGCCGGCGAGUUUCACAACACAGGGAGCUUGGACUGAGGCGCUCCCCGCAGUAGGAGCAGCAGGGACGGUCUCGUCAUUGCCGGCACCGUCUUCAAGCAGCAGCAGUAGCGCGAGCCGUACACAACAUCCUCCUACUGCCAACGGCCACGCAGCCGUCCGCCUCGCCCCACCUAUGUCCACAAUCGACUCCUCACCCCGCAUAGGCAGUGGGGAGAGCACUCCGCGCGCUUCGGAUCUGCAAAGGGAAAGUGGAAGUGCGAGUGGGAGUGGCAGUAGCAGUGCGACUAGUGGGAACACCUACUUUGCUGCUUCGCACGCGAAUGUACAUGGGCUUGGACUUGGGCGAGGCUAUCGCUCGACAGCAGACGAUGCUCAGCAAGAAGGCUCGGAGGCAGGAGCAGUGGCAAAGUCAGAGAAGGGCAGUCAUCCCGCUAUACCCCGAGUGGCCAUCGAUGGGGACCCUUUGCACGCAAGUCUGAAACUAAGUGAGGCGGAGGAGGAGACCUCUCGCGGCAAGGGCAAAGAGAGGCAGCUCGAUCGACCCUGAAGCACGAAUCUUCGAUUGCCGAUUGGGUGGGUGUGUGGGCCUGCUUGACGAUAGUCUGAAUGUAGGCCAUUGUUUAUAAUCUCCCAGCUCGAGCUCCCAUGAUUCUCUCUUCCAGCAUCAUCAUCAUCAUCAUCAUGGUCUCCGCCUUCGACUACGCAUGUCUCCUAGUGGCGUCUCGACUUGUCUAUAUAUAUAUCCGUCUUCUCGUCCCUUUGCUUAUCCUCGUCCCCAUUCCCGUCCCCGUCCCCGUCCCCGUCCCCAUCCACAUCUCGUUCUGAGUGAUCGUUGCAUCAUCUCCUCUCCGAAAUGAAAGCAGUGGCUUC